AUGGCUAUUGGAAAGAGAAAAGCAGACUCUGGAUUGAAAAAUGGAAAUAAAACAAAUAACAAACGAUCGAAGCCCGCUGAUUCAGUCGAAUUGAAGGUUCAAUCCAAGAAGCAAGCAGUUACCUCCCCAGAAGAAUCUUUAUCAGAAUCCGAUUCCCAUGUUUCUUCUGAUUCGGAAUCAGAAGAAGCAGAAGAUGCUGACGAAAAGCAUGAACAAGAGGAAGAAGAUGAAUUCGCCGGAUUUGAAGAUGAAGACGAAAUAGACAAUGAAGAAGAAGAGGAGGAGGGAGAAGAAAAGUCCGAGGAAAGCAAAAAAAGCUCUAAGGAUGCACAUGCUAAUCAAAAGAAGUUACAAAAGGAUCGCAAAGCUUCGAAACCCUUCGCUGAUGUUAGCAUGAAGGCCAAAACCUUAUGGGAUAAACUUCGUCAAAAGGGAUCACUAAAAGCUGAUGAACGCAAAACAUUAGUAUCUGAGUUAUUUGACAUGAUUAAAUCAAACGUCAAACAGAUAGUAUUCAAGCAUGAUAUGUCUCGUGUGAUUCAAACUUGUGUCAAGUAUGGCUCUAAACAGCAACGAGAGACCAUCGCUAGUGAACUUAGUGGUAGCUUCGUCGAAUUAUGCAAGAGCCCUUAUGGAAAAUACCUUGCAGUAAAGCUUUUCAAAUAUGGAACACCAAAAAUGAAAGAAGCUGCUUUGGGAGAAUUAUAUGGACAUGUUACAAAGUUGAUCAGACAUCGAGAGGCUGCCUAUGUUGUUGAAGAUAUUUUCCGUGAAUAUACCAAUUUGCAUCAACAAAAUGCAUUAAUUUGCGAAUUUUAUGGUCCAGAAUUUCAAGUGUUUAAGGAAAGAACCCAAGACAUGCACAUAGAUAAGAUUUUGCAAGAACAUCCUGAGAAGCGUGCGAGCGUCAUGAACAACUUAUGGAAAACCAUCGAGGGUUCAAUUGCCAAAGGCUCAAUUGGAUUCACAAUGGUCCACAGAGCCAUGUUAGAGUUCAUCCAACAUGCUAGCACAAAUGAAGCAAAGGACCUUUUACAAAGUACGAAGGAACAAAUUUACGAGUUUGUUCAUACAAGGGAUGGUUCCCAAGUUGCUAUGAAGCUAUUUGCUAUUGCAAAUGCUAAGGAUCGUAAGGCUAUGCUUAAAGCUUUACGUCCCUAUUUUGCAGAAACAGCUAAAGAUUCUUACGGUCAUUUAGUUUUAGUCACCGCUCUAGACUGUACUGAUGAUACUAUUAUGACUGGAAAAUUGCUUCAAGCGGAAUUUGAAAAUGAGCUUAUCAAAUUAUCCGUACAUAAAUUUGCCCGUAGAGUUUUGUUGUAUGUACUCGUUGGCUGGGAAGAUGCUCGAUACUUUAGUAAGGAGAACCGCACUAUGUUAGCUUCAUUAAGUCCCCUUAAAGCUACUACCUCGAAAAAGGAUCCUCUAGUGCGUAGGAACGAACUAAAGGCCGCUAUUGGACCUAUGUUAUUAAAUGUAAUUAGUAAUGCCGCCGGUGAGUUAUUGGCUGAAUCUUUGAGCUCUCAAGUAGUUGUUGAUACCUUAUUAACUGUACCUGGUGAUAAGACAGCUGCAGUUAAUGCAGUUUUAAGAGCAUUUGAGGGAAAUCCUGCUGAUGACACGCACCUGAUACACCAGAUCCACUGUUCUCGUGCCUUAAAGACACUUGUUCAAAACGGACAUUGGAAUGGUGCUGAAAAGCGUGUUGUGAAAUCUGAAGAAGAAUUAGGAGUAGCUGAAGGGUUGAAAGGUAUAAUCAAUGAACACUUGGUAGAGUGGGCUGCUGGAGACGGAGCGUUCGUUGUUCUUGCUGUUUUGGAAACAUUGGAUGAGAAAGAAAGAAAGAAGUUUUUGGACCAGCUAAAGAAACAUCAAAAGACAUUAAAAAAAUCGGAAUUUCGUGGAACACAAAAGCUUUUGGAAAUGCUUUGA